AUGGAAAACCUCACGCCAGAGCAAUGGCGAGAGAUCAUGAACAAGAAGAUGCGCUUCCCUCCGGAGCUCCUCAAUGCCAUUCAGGAGGGAAGAAUCGAGCUGUUGUGUGGACUGCUGAAGACUGGGGAUGGCAUCAUUCGCCAGCUGGAUGAGUCGGAGGACCGCCAGUGGAGGGAGGCUCUCAACCUCUCCAUCCGCCUGGGCAAUGAGGAUGCUAUGGAUGCCCUUCUGCAGGGAGUAAAGUUUGACUUCCGGCAGAUUCACGAGGCUCUGCUGGUGGCUGUGGACACAAACCAGCCCAAGGUGGUGAAACGCCUGUUGGACCGCCUGGACCAGGAGAAAGGGAACAAGAUGGACGUACGAUCCUUCUCUCAAGCCAUCUUCGACCGGUCCAUUGACAACUCACAGUUUGCCCCUGGUGUCACACCUCUGACACUUGCCUGUCAGAAAGAUCUUUAUGAAAUAGUCACCAUGCUCACUCAGAAAGGGCAUGGCAUCCCAUGGCCUCAUAAGAUAUCCUGCGCCUGUCUGGAGUGUCGCAACGGCCGGCAGUACGACCUGCUGAAGUUCUCCUUGUCUCGCAUCAACACCUACCGUGGCAUCGCCAGCCGUGCCUAUCUGUCCAUCACCUCCAACGACGCCAUGCUCAGCGCCUUCAGUCUCAGCAGAGAGCUCCGCAAGUUGUCCCAAAAAGAGCCCGAAUUUAAGCCUCAGUACCUGGGCCUGGAGGAACUCUGUCAGGAGUUUGCCGUGGAGUUACUGGGUAUGUGCCGUAACCAGAGUGAAGUCACCACAAUCCUGAACAGCUGUGGAGACGGCAACCAGGAGGCUUUGGAAGAGGAGGCCUUUGAGGAGGGAAUCCCCAACCUGUCACGGCUGAGGCUUGCAGUCAACUACAACCAGAAGCAGUUUGUGGCCCAUCCGAUCUGUCAGCAGGUUCUUUCUUCCAUCUGGUGCGGAAACCUGGCAGGGUGGAGAGGCAGCAGGACAGCCUGGAAGCUCCUUGUCUCUGUUGGGAUCUUUCUAACCAUGCCUUUUCUUUGCCUCGUCUACUGGAUAGCCCCAAAGUCGAAGGCGGGAAAAAUGGUUAGAAUCCCUGUGAUCAAGUUUCUGCUUCAUUCUGCGUCGUACUUGUGGUUUCUCAUCACGUUACUCGGAGAAUCCAUAACUAUGGAGAUGUAUCGUGACAAGUUUGCAUCCCGUCAGCAGAAUAUUCUGCACAGCUCAUUCCACAUGGUGUGGGUGGUUGGAUUCUUCUGGUAUGAGUGUAAGGAAGUCUGGAUUGAGGGCUUGCGAAGCUACUUCCUGGACUGGUGGAACUGCUUGGACAUGAUUGUGUUGAGCAUGUACUUGGCAUCCUUUGCCUUACGUGUGGUCGUCAUGGUCAAAGGUCACAUCCUGUGCCAUGAUCAGAGCAACAGUGAUGAGUGCAUCUACUUUACGCAGACUGGUCGUGACAACUGGCGCCAGGAGGACCCUCAGCUCAUCUCCGAGGUGUUGUUUGCAGUAACCAGCAUGUUGAGCUUCACCCGGUUAGCCUACAUCCUGCCAGCCCACGAGUCCCUGGGAACGCUGCAGAUCUCCAUAGGGAAGAUGAUUGACGACAUGAUGAGAUUCAUGUUUAUACUGAUGAUCAUCGGGACGGCCUUCCUCUGCGGCAUCAACAACGUCUACGUUCCUUACGUCAUCUCUCCGCAUCUUGGCAGGUUUAAUGAGACCUUCAACUUCUUAUUCUGGACCAUGUUUGGUGUGGCCAACCAGGACUACGUGGACAUGCCGCAGUUUGUUUUAGCGGAGUUUGUAGGAAGGAUCCUGUACGGCAUCUUCACCCUCGUUAUCGUCAUUGUCCUGCUCAACAUGCUGAUUGCCAUGAUUACAAACUCCUUUCAGAAGAUUGAGGACGAUGCAGAUGUGGAGUGGAAAUUUGCCCGGUCUAAACUGUACCUCAGCUACUUCAGAGAGGGCCUCACCAUGCCUGUGCCUUUCAAUAUCAUCCCUUCUCCCAAAGCCGUGUUUUACAUCCUGAGGGGGGUUUUUAAACGUCUCUGCUGUUGCUGCAACUUUAACUCGGAGCAAAAAUACCCUCCUAUAGCCUCUAUGUCUAACGACAAAGGAACGGAGGACAACCUGCCUUACCGACAGCAGGUGAUCAGAGCUCUGGUGCAGCGCUACAUCGAGUCAGCUCGCAGGGAGUUUGAGGAGACCAAGAGGAAAGAUAUCGGUAACCGAAUCACAGAGCUGAACAAGGCGGUCUCCAGGAUGCAUCUUGAAAUGAAAGGGAUCCAGCAGCUUCUGAUGACUGAUGGACACGCUCCAAACGACGCACUGACCAAGGACGGUUCUUCUGUGCUGGGGAAAUACAUCAUCGGUGCCAAGAACAACUUCAGAGGUUUUAACAGCAGGCAAGAUGACACAAGCACAUCGCUUAAAGUGACAGUUCACCAGAAGGAGGAAGGGGCCGAUGAAAGGAAGGCCGAUUCAGAGGCGCGGCAGGACACAGAUGCACAAUUGGAUCAGGUGGAUGAAAGUGAGGAAGAAGAAUUGGAUAAGGCGGCAGACUGCGAGGUGGUGAAAAUGGAAGAGGGACGAGUGAAAACAGAGCCUGGGGAUUGGAAAGAAACUGGAAAUACAGAGCUGGUAGAAGUAAGCAAAGGUGAUGAUGGAGUAAAAGAGGACUUCUCAGAAGGGACGGGUUUUGUUAAAGUGGAAGAAAAGGUGAAAGUUGAGAGCAUACAGGGCAAGGAAGAUAAAAGGGAAGGCGAGAUCGACGCCAAGGUGACAGAAAAUCUUGCAGAGAUCAGACCUGAACACAUAGAGAGCAGCGAACCUAGUUUUGAAACAACAGAUGCGAAGAAAAUGAUAAACAAGUUCAAUAACAUGGAGCUGAAAGAAAAACCAGACGAGGCAGGAUGGAUGAAGGGAAAAAAGUAUGGGGGUAAUGCUGUGGAAAGAUCUCCCGUAACCAAGGGGGACGAGAAAACCGGAAAUAAGAAAGUGAUUCAGUCUCCAACAGGGAGCAGCAGCUCCAACGACACCGGCUUUGGUUCACAGGAAGGGGAAGGAUCGAUUGACGGCACACCAGUAAAACCAUGAUGGGUCUCUGAUAACUGGAAAAUUUGAGAAGUUUAAAAAGAAAAAUAGGCUCAGUAGAUAAAUAUCACUGUACAAACAGAUAUUUUCAGCUGUAAGACUGCAUAUAGCCUACGUCUGUAUAGACUAAUGCAUCAAAAAGUAACUUGAAGUGCAGCUAUGCAAGGAUUUAACACAGAUAGACGUUUCAGGUUCACACAGAAAGCAAACAAAUAUCCUAUUUAACAUGAACACUUUAUAUUCUGGGCAGAAAUGUUUUUAUUUACAAUACUAUUGCUGAAAACUGCAAUUGACUGAACAUUAUUUUUGAAAUGUCUCUUCUUUUGUUAGCAUUUCAUAAUUUCCCCACUACUUUCAAAGAGCCUCAGCAUCUCAGCCGCUGAGGAAAGAAACCUGCUCUGGGCAUUAAAGGAAGUCAAAUCUGUUCAACAUUCAACAUAUUUGUGGCGUCAGUGCAUGAUUUGAUAAAUCUCUAAUUCCUGUACAUUUGAGGUUAGAUUUAUAUUGCUGGUAAAUACCAAAACAUUAACACUUUGAAACCCUAAAACUAAUAUAAGGAGUAGCUUCUUUUUAUUAUGACUACUUCUUACAAGCAUUUAAUUAAGAUGCUGAGACUAGUCUGCUGAUGACAUCUGAACAGUAAGUUGUUUCUCCGCUAUUAGGACAUUUAUCAGCGCGUACACAGGCUUGAUUGAUGGCAAUAAGACCUUCCUCUUGGCUCUGAUUGGCUGUUUGUCACAUUGAGCAUUUUUUCAGACGGCAAUAGCAGCUCAGGGAAGAAGUGGAGGAGUUUGAUCUUUUCUCAGAUUAUCUGUCUCAUUAUAUAGUUUCCUGACAUGGUGAGACUUAACAAAUAUGGACAAAAACACAUUUUCGUAAACAAUACAAACUGUGGCUUUAAUAGCGACACAUGUUACACUGUACGAUUGAAGAAGCCAGGCUGUUUGAAUUGUUGUUGUGGCAGAGAAAUCAGUCCAACAGUGUAUGGACAGCAAGACGGAGAUUAACGCUGUUAUUAUCGGAACUGGACACUGGAAAUGGAGAGAGGGGAAAGGAGACAGCAAUGUUUUUUGCGCAAGUGUCUGGAGCCGCCUCUAUAGUGUUUGCACACGCAGGCUGCAGUCACACAUUGCCUACUUGAACUGAUAUUAGUAAUCAGUCUCAGUUGGACUUCUGACGGAUAUUAAACUGAGCAAAUUUCUCAAAAAUGUUGAAGUCAGGAUUCAAUUCUCACCCACAAAACUGAAGAAAAAUCCAACUAAAUUUUGUUCUAAUAUUUGUUUGUUAGAACAAAUUGUUGAAAUGAUUUUCAACUAGGCGCACUGAGUAAGUUUACUACUUUUUUUUUUUGUUAUAACCAACAACCUUGUUGAAUCUUACUACAUGUAGCUUUUCUAUUGUGAAGUCUGUUUACCUGCUGGAUUAACAGUAACAGCAGAUUAAUGUUGCUUAAAGGUUGAAAUGUAGCAGUCAGGCCAAUAAAAGUCGUCACCAUUUCAACUGUAAGAUGGCAUGAUGUUUUAUUUUUUUUUUGGCAAGACCAUUCCAUUAAAGAUUCUCUGCUGGUCAAAUAUUUGAACAUAAUUGGUUUUAGG